CUGGGCGCUAUGGUUCAAAUCAAAGUGGGCCUAAUGUAAACGUUUCGGCCAGCUAAUUGCUAUCUUGAGCGCGAUAAAUUAAUUCAAUUAGCUUACACCUGAGCCGCGACGGGGAUGCCACCGUGUUGAGCAUGUUUGACAAUUACCUUAUCCCCCAGCAGGUUUCCAUCAACUCGAGUCACUUGAUCCAAUAUGCUCUCCGCCGUAACGUGCAUGCUGUCCAAAUUGAUCUCCCCGUUGUGGAGUACAGCACAAGUAGAAGCUGGCGGCGGUGCAGCGGAAUCGGAGACCAUUCGCCAUCUCACCGAUGGCGUGGUGACCCAGCUGGGCCUGGACCACGGUCUCGUGGACGAUGCCAUCUACUUCACGAGCGGCGUGGUGCUGGGUGGGGUGCCUCUCAAAGUGGGGGACGUGGUGAGCUGCAUUGCCAUGGCAGAUGGUGUCCAAGGCGGAUGGAAAGCCCUCAGGGUUGCGAAGAGUUCUGACGCGUGGGAGCCUGGAGAAGGGACAUCUUUGGAGGACGACUGCGCUCGGCUGCGCCCUCUCAUCGGCACCGUCACGUCAUUUGACGGCCAGUGCGGCCACAUCAACCAGACGACUUACUUCCCGCGCUCCAGUCUAUGUGAAGGUUACGAGCCCAUGACAGGAGAUUGGGUCCAAGCGACAUAUUUUAUCAAUCCCACCCAGUGGACCACCCAGGCUCAGUCUGUUGCCCCUUUGCGCUAUUCUCGUCUUAACCAGGUGUGUGUGACCAGCAUGUAUGCUAACAAGGGUGUGGUUGAUCAGAGCGUGUUCUUCUGCCUGGACUCUCUGCUGCUGCCUGCCUACUACAAGCCCUCGCCGGGCCACAUGGUCAAUUUGGUGAUGACGGAGAGCAACCAGUCCAUUUACCGCUGGAGGGCUUUGUGCAUGGCGCCGUGCAAUCAGGGGUUGAAGCCAACCCUGACACACAUGCCCACAGCUACACCGGACAGCUUAUUGGAAAACAAAAAAGGGCUGGAUAUAACUUGUUAUGGCCAGUUUGGAGAUUUGAUGGUGGGAGACCACAGGACAAUGGUGCUAUGGAUACAGAACAACAGCUCAGAGACACACCGGCUCAAGUUCUGCGACUUUGCCGGCUGGGACUCAGAAGAGCAGUUCUUUCUGAAUUCAUGCAAGACAGCGGCAGCCAAAGAACAACUUGGGUCCGACGCUGGUCCUGGUCCUGCUUCUGCGGACGAACGAGGAAGUCGAGCCGAUGAGACGAAUAGCAAGGAGACGAAGCCUUAUGUCGGUGCGAGGAGAGAAGAAACGGAGGCCGAUCUUCCUCCAGGAGGACGACUGUCUGUCGUAGUCGGGUGCCAAGCAAAGAGCCUGGGAAGCUGCGCCGAGCUGCUCCUGCUGCACUUCUCCUCGUUCGUCAUCGAGAGGCGCCUGGAAGUGACUGUGCGCAACAAGGAUGAGAGUCUGCUCCUACCCCGCUCGCCUUACAGUCCUGCUGAAGCCAAGCCGGCCCCUAAGGCUUCUUCUCACGUGGUCACCGUUACUGCACCUAAGGAUUCCACACCGAGGCUUCGUAACCGGCGUCUGCCGUGCUUCCUACCUUCCUAUGCGGUGCCACAGACUUUGAGAGACUGCGCCGCUGGACAGAGAGACGUCCUGGUCGUCCAGCCGUGCUUGGGAGAGGUGCUGUCAGCCUCCAAUGCGCAGGCCCGUUUCUCAACUCUGCUGUGGAUGGAGGAGCUUCAUGCCGAGAGAGAGCUGGGAGAGUUCACCAUCCAGGGAGCACUCCUCAGGAGAGGAGCGGCCUACCUUCACCUGGAGGUCCUCGGCUUGGCCGAGGGGAGGCCCAGUCUCAAUAUAGGAGACAGAAUUGUUCUGAAGAGUCCGCAGAGCGACGGCGUUGUGAUCGAGUAUGUGAGCUGCGUUGCGGAGAUCAACGACGAGGACGUGAGUCUGAAAGUCAACUCUGAGUUUCAUCGCGGCUAUCUUGGCGAGCCUCUCGAUGUGGAGUUCUGUUACAACAGAGUGACCAUGAGGCGCUGUCACCACGCAGUUGAGCAGAUCAAAUCCUUUGCGGAGAUUUUCUUCCCCUGCAGACUUAUAGCACAGACUCCUCUGUGGACAGCGAAGUGGUUAGAUGAAGACGAGCAAAAUAAAAUAUUGGAUGGAAAUGAGCAGGCACCAGUGUACGAGAAUGGACACUUGCCAAACAUUUCAGCGGAUAUGAAGUCAAAAGCCACACAAACCAAAGAUGGCACCGCCACACUCAAACCCACGCCGAGCCCGGGCCACUUUUUCAACCUUGACCUCAACCCUGCUCAGAGGGAGGCAGUGAAGAGAAUCCUGGCCGGAGAGUGUCGCCCCACCCCUUAUGUGCUAUUUGGACCUCCUGGCACUGGGAAGACCAUCACUCUUAUUGAGGCCAUACUACAAGUGUACCACUUUCUCCCCAGCAGCCGCGUCCUGGUGUGCGCGCCCUCCAACAGCGCGGCCGACCUCAUCUGCUCCCGCCUGCACGACAGCGGUCUCAUGCACGCCGCAAGCAUGGCCCGUGUCAAUGCUUCUUACAGGCAGGAGAAGUACACCCCCGAUGAGCUGAAGUUGUACUCGAAGGCCGGCGAAGACCUCAGUCGUGCCAUUUUCCACCGCAUAGUGGUCAGCACCUGCUCCAGCGCUGGCUUGUUCUACAAUCUCGGACUCCAAGUCGGACAUUUUACUCACGUGUUCCUGGACGAGGCAGGCCAGGCAACAGAACCGGAAUCCAUGAUCCCCAUCAGCCUCAUCUCAGAAAGAGAUGGACAGAUAGUGUUGGCUGGAGACCCGUGCCAGCUGGGGCCCAUUGUGAAGUCCAAGACAGCCUCCGCCUUUGGCCUGGGCUUGUCCCUGCUCGAGAGGCUCAUGGCCAAUCCACUUUAUGCCAAACAGGAAUGGGGAUACAACCCAAAUCUGGUGACAAAGCUGAUCUACAACUAUCGAUCCCACGAGGCCUUGCUCACGUUGCCCUCAAAGCUCUUCUACCACGGGGAGCUGUGCGCCAGAGCCUCCAAAGCUGUCGUGGACUCCCUCUGCCAGUGGAAAACGCUUCCCAAAAAGGGCUUUCCUCUUCUCUUUCAUGGACUGAGGGGCAAAGAAAUGAGGGAAGGCAACAACCCGUCAUGGUUCAACCCAGCGGAGGCUAUUCAGGUCAUGUUGUACUGCUGCCAGAUGACCCAAAAACUCUACAACCCUGUUGACGCCACCCAAAUAGGAAUCAUUGCCCCCUACAGGAAACAGAGCGAUAAGAUCCGCAUCCUUCUGGGUAAAGUGGGCCUGUCUGACAUCAAAGUGGGCUCUGUGGAGGAGUUCCAAGGCCAAGAAUUCCUGGUCAUCAUUGUGUCGACGGUGCGCUCUAACGAACUGGCAUCCAGCGAUGAUUUGCAGAGCGCGCUGGGCUUUCUGACCAACCCCAAGCGCUUCAACGUGGCUAUCACACGCGCCAAAGCUUUGUUGCUCGUCAUCGGAAACCCCCACGUUCUCAUUCGGGAUCCAUGCUUCAGGGCACUGCUUCACUAUUGUUUCACUAACGGGGCGUAUCUGGGCUGCGACCCCCCUCCCUCCAUUAGAGACUCUCAGAUAGCUGCAUCUAAUCACAAUGCCGCAUGAGACAUUCCUGCUAUGGGCUUCUAUGCUAAGUUCAUCUUCUCGGCAACCAAGUGAGUGAGUGACGUCAACCCGACCGUUGUUUUGCUUUCUCGUGUGAGAGCGACUGACGCAAAGCGGCUGCAAAUAAAGAUGUGACAUCUGUGCGCAA